CCCGUCCGUUGGUAUCGGGACUCAGUUACAGCCUGAAAUUCAGUUUCAUCCUAACAGCUUUAGUUAGCUUCCCUACUGUUGAGAUCACCAUGGUGUUUGACUCAAAGAUUAGGGUGCCCAAGUACACCUCGGAUGCUUUCGACAAUGUCGAGUACGAGCUACAGUUCUCGUACACGCUGGAAACGGAUCGCCGGAUCAUGAGCUUCUACGAUGCCAUGUGGGGCAUGGAAGUGUCCGGCGGCAGCGAUCAGUUCGAACCUCUGACCAUUGUCAAUGUCUCGCCCACGGGCCUGGCCAAGCGCGGAGGAAUGCGGGUGGGCGAUGAGAUCACACAGAUCAACGAUGUGCCAGCCUUGGAGAUGACCUUCAACGAGGCCCUUCAGAUGUUCCGGAAGAACUCGCGCUAUGUUCGCGUCUAUGUUAGGGGUGAUGACGAUAUCCCUGGCGAGGAGGACUGGACCUGCGACUGCUGGUUUAAGCCCAGGAAGCCCUGGCGUCGUGACUUCACCCCCAUUCAGUGGACCUUCCCGUGGAAUGAUCGCCGCAAGCCUGUCUACAAGGAGUCAAACUGCUUUAUGGUGCCCAGCAAAAUGGAGGAAAAGAUUCGGGCCAGACGUGCUGCCACCUCGGCUGUCCACAAGAAGGAGGACGCUCCUCCGCACACCCGCUCGCUGACCCCAACGCCCAGGCCCAAGAACCAGCCGGGACCCAAUCUUUUGGAGUCGGUGCUGAGACCCCGUGGACCUCCACCAAGGGACGUUUAAAAAACGAUCUGUAGGAUGAAGCUGUCUAGGAAAACAGGCAGCGUUGAAUACGCUGCAGUGUCUGAGGAAUUUCAAAGAAAUAUAGAUGGCAGGCAGGCAGCAGUGCCUUGAAAUGCUUGCACAAGGUUAUGGAAAAGUGUUUGCCAUCGAGCACUGUCCAAAUCUGGCCAAGAAAAUGCUGUUAGAUCCUGCUCAUGGAUAGUACAAAACAGUGCUUCGAAUGAAUACCCGCAAAAAGUUGAAAUGCUAUUCAAAACGUUGAACAGAGAUUAAGAAAAGGGUUCUUUGGAACUUUGUCUGUUUUGCUGUUCAUGUAUAAUAAAGAAUACGAGUAUAAAUAUAA